UUACAUUUGGUGAGAUUUUGAAUGUCCGAACCGUUCCAAUUCAAAUUUGGGUGUCACAGCAACACCAACUCCACCCAAAAAAGUGAUGGACAUUAAGUUUGCCCAAAUGGCCGGUUCUCCAUUUCACUCAUCCAUCCCCAUUCCAUUCCUUUUUACUUCCCCCCUAUAAGGCAUCAUGGUAUUCCGAACAACACGGUCAAUACGCCGUUACAUAGUCAUGCUGGCUGUAGUUUCUGUAUUAUUUUACAUGUCGGCUCGUCACAUGUGGACUUCCGAUGGUUCCAUAGAAUUGGCCUAUACUGAGUCGGAUAUCCUCGCGGACGCCAUCCUGCUAGGCUCGUCCAAAGAAAUGCGCAUAAAGCAUGUGAACCAGAAAUACUGCGGCCGAGAUGUUUGUCGGUUCACUUUGCCGCUGGUGAUUACAGAGCAAGAAUCCAAGGCCCAGGAACACUUCCGUCAAAUUGCGUUUUUAUCAGGAAAAUUGGACCGAACGAUCGUCUUGCCCAAUGUUCACACAUCGCACUUGGGAGCUUGUCGACGCUAUCCGUUUGAAUUCUACUACUCACACUCAUGGUUGGAUAAUAACAGCCGUUUCUUUUCUUAUAUUACCAUGGAGGACUUUCGCGCUUGGAUUUCCGAACGGCAUGAAAUCGAAGCUAUCCCAACUGCACGAGAGUUAUUUGUCGAAAGCCAACCCGAAACCCAUCUUUUACAAAAGAACGACAAUUGUUUCCGACCUUUGUUUACCUUUGAGCAGUCAGCGAAACAGUUUCAGCUAGACGAUCCGGAAAAUCAAAAUCGUCGCGAAGGCAAUUACACCGAAAUAUUGUUCAAUGCGCUUUCAGACGAUCUACCCACGGAUAACAGUAACAGUACCAUCACCGGCCCGGAAGUGCUUCACCUAUACUAUGAUCGACGAUUUGGAUUCAUUGAAGAACCUGAAGUGAACGUUCCUUUAGCCUACAGCGCGAAAUGGGAAGGGCUGGCGGAUGAUAUUGCCGAUCAACUGAAGCCGUUUGUGGCUGUCCACUGGCGUAUGGAGCGUCUAGAACCUCUAAGCAACUUGCAGCCGUGCGCGGAAACAUUAGUGGAGAAACUAGCCAACAUUGACGUGACAGGCAAACCCAACGUCUUUCUGUUAACCGACUAUCCGCACCUGCUGCAGACAUCGCAAUCCGCUCCGGAAUCCAUGUCAUUUAAACUGGAGCAACUGCAACAGGAGCACCAUGACGCCAUUCGGUAUCUGUACAAGCAUGUCAACGUCACACUCACCACGCUGGACCGAGUGAAUCAAUUGCUUCCUUACGACGAACUGCCAAGGGAGAAUUGGAACAUCAUUCCUGUUUCGCCCUACGUGCAACCACCGGAUCCUAGCAUUCUGGGUAUCGUGGACAAACUCGUGGCCAUGCGCGCCCAAUGGUUCUUGGCUGGUGAACCAGGAAAAUGCGGUAAAACCAGUAGCUUUACCCGUCGCAUCAUUCUUCAUCGCCAAGACGCAUACCACAAUGGUGAUGAAAACAUCAUCGUCCCCUUUGACUAUUUCAAUGUAUCAUAAUAGAUCCAUUUCCUUUUUCAUUAGGCCGCUCUAUCUUUAUUUGUUUUGUAAAAUUCAUACCCGCAGAUUCUCUUUCAUCAAAAUCCAAAGUCCAAAACGUGCUGACCCAUUUCAUUUACUGUGCAUCCCUUUGCUGUCGCCUUCUCUUGAUAUUUUCUUGUGAUAGUCCAAUUUACAUGGAACUUUAGAUUGAUACGUAAAGCUUUUUCUACGCAUUUUACUGUAAAGUCGUCAAGGCAAUUUCUUCUUGACCAGACCACACGGCAGACGUGCGGAAUGGAUUAUUUGCCAGGCCG